AUGGGAGACCGCAGAUUAAAAAUUAGAGAGAUAGCCGAGAUUAUAGGCAUCUCUUAUGAACGAACUCAAAACAUCAUUGUCAACGAGUUGGGUUUCCACAAGGUGUCUGCGAGGUGGAUUCCGCGACUGCUAUCAGUUGAACAAAAAAGGACGCGAUUGACUAUUUCACGCGACUGUUUGGAGUUAUUUGAAGCCGAUGCAGAUGAUUUUUUGAAUCGUUUUGUUACUAUGGACGAAACAUGGGUUCAUUACUGUACACCGGAAACAAAACAACAAUCAAAACAGUGGAGAAGACCUGGUUCACCACCCCCUAAAAAGGCUAAGUCGAUUUUGUCGGCAAAUAAGGUGAUGGCUUCAGUAUUCUGGGACUCGAAAGGUGUGAUUAUGAUUGAUUAUCUUGAAAGGGGUCAGAAUAUAAACUCUGAUUACUACUGCACCUUACUACGUCGUUUACGAGAGGAAAUAAAAGAAAAACGUCGAGGAAUGCUCAGAAGAAAAGUCCUGUUUCAUCAAGAUAACGCCCGUGUUCACACGUCAGUACAGUCAAUGGCUGAAAUUCACAACUGUGGCUUUGAACUGUUACCGCAUCCGCCGUAUUCACCUGAUCUGGCACCAUCAGACUUCUUUCUGUUCCCUAACCUAAAAAAGCACUUGGGAGGUCGAAGAUUUUCGACAAACGACGAGGUCAAAGCAGCUGUAGAUGCAUAUUUUGACUCUAAGGAAGAAUCAUUUUUUUUCAACGGUCUAAAUGCUUGGAAGGGGAGGUGGCAAAAGUGUAUUGAACUUGAUGGUGAUUAUGUAGAGAAAUAA